UGGGUCCUCCUUAUUCACAGGUGAGUCACACCCUGAAACACAGGCUCUCUUCCUGUCAGGACUGAGUCAGGUAGAAGAGUCGAUAAAACCACCUGAUCAAGGAAAAGGAAGGCACAGCGGAGCGCAGAGUGAGAACUCCCAGCGGCGAGGCGCCGGGCAGCGACCCCUGCAGCGGCGGACCGCGCGCCGGCCCGGCCAUGCCUGCGCUCUGGCUGAGCUGCUACCUCUGCUUCUCGCUCCUCCUGCCCGCAGCCCGGGCCACCUCCGGGAGGGAAGUCUGUGAUUGCAACGGGAAGUCCAGGCAAUGCAUCUUUGACCAGGAACUUCACAAACAGACAGGAAAUGGAUUCCGCUGCCUCAACUGCAAUGACAACACUGAUGGCAUCCACUGCGAGAGGUGCAAGGCAGGAUUUUACCGACAGAGAGAAAGGGACCGCUGUUUACCCUGCAAUUGUAACUCUAAAGGUUCUCUUAGCGCUCGAUGUGACAACUCUGGACGGUGCAGCUGUAAGCCAGGUGUGACAGGAGACAGGUGUGACCGAUGUCUGCCCGGCUUCCACACACUCACUGAUGCUGGGUGCGCCCAAGACCAAAGGCUGCUAGACUCCAAGUGUGACUGUGACCCAGCUGGCAUCUCAGGGCCCUGUGACUCAGGCCGCUGUGUCUGCAAGCCGGCUGUCACUGGAGAGCGCUGUGAUAGGUGUCGACCAGGUUACUAUCACCUGGAUGGGGGAAACCCUCAGGGCUGUACCCAGUGUUUUUGCUAUGGGCAUUCCGCCAGCUGCCACAGCUCUGGGGACUACAGUGUCCAUAAAAUCAUCUCUGCCUUCCAUCAAGAUGUUGAUGGCUGGAAGGCUGUCCAAAGAAACGGGUCUCCUGCAAAGCUCCAGUGGUCACAGCGCCAUCGGGAUAUAUUUAGCUCAGCACGACGAUCAGACCCUGUCUAUUUUGUAGCUCCUGCCAAAUUUCUUGGGAAUCAACAGGUGAGCUACGGGCAAAGCCUAUCUUUUGACUACCGUGUGGAUAGGGGAGGCAGACACCCAUCUGCCCAUGACGUGAUCCUGGAAGGUGCUGGUCUACGGAUCACAGCUCCCUUGAUGCCACUUAGCAAGACACUGCCUUGUGGGAUCACCAAGACUUACACAUUCAGAUUAAAUGAACAUCCAAGCAGUAAUUGGAGCCCCCAGCUAAGUUACUUUGAGUAUCGGAGGUUACUGCGGAACCUCACAGCCCUGCGGAUCCGAGCUACCUACGGAGAAUACAGUACUGGGUACAUUGACAACGUGACCUUGAUUUCAGCCCGCCCCGUUUCUGGAGCCCCAGCGCCCUGGGUUGAACAAUGUGUAUGCCCUGUUGGCUACAAGGGGCAGUUCUGCCAGGAUUGUGCUUCCGGCUACAAAAGAGAUUCAGCCAGACUGGGACCUUUUGGCACCUGUAUUCCAUGUAACUGCCAAGGGGGAGGGGCCUGCGAUCCAGACACAGGAGACUGUUACUCAGGGGAUGAGAACCCUGACAUCCCUGAGUGUGCCGACUGCCCCAUUGGUUUCUACAACGAUCCACAAGACCCCCGCAGCUGCAAGCCGUGCCCCUGUCGCAAUGGGUUCAGCUGCUCCGUGAUGCCUGAGACAGAGGAGGUGGUGUGCAAUAACUGCCCCCAGGGUGUCACUGGUGCCCGCUGUGAGCUCUGUGCUGAUGGCUAUUUUGGGGACCCCUUCGGGGAACGUGGCCCAGUGAGGCCUUGUCAGCCCUGUCAGUGCAACAACAACGUGGACCCUAGUGCCUCCGGGAACUGUGACCGCCUGACAGGCAGGUGUCUGAAGUGCAUCCACAACACAGCUGGGGUCCACUGUGACCAGUGCAAAGCAGGCUACUAUGGGGACCCGUUGGCUCCCAAUCCAGCAGACAAGUGUCGAGCUUGCAACUGCAACCCAGUGGGCUCGGAGCCUGUGGAGUGUCGAAGUGAUGGCAGCUGUGUUUGCAAGUCAGGCUUUGGUGGCCUCAGCUGUGAGCAUGCGGCACUGACCAGCUGUCCAGCUUGCUAUAAUCAAGUGAAGGUUCAGAUGGAUCAGUUUAUGCAGCAGCUCCAGAUCCUGGAGGCCCUGAUUUCGAAGGCUCAGGGUGGAGCAGUACCCAACGCAGAGCUGGAAGGCAGGAUGCAGCAGGCUGAGCAGGCCCUUCGGGACAUUCUGAGAGAAGCCCAGAUUUCACAAGAUGCUGUUAGAUCCUUCAAUCUCCGGGUGGCCAAGGCAAGGACUCAAGAGAAUAGCUACCGGGACCGCCUGGAUGACCUCAAGAUGACUGUGGAAAGAGUUCGGGCCCUGGGCAGUCAGUAUCAGAACCAAGUUCAGGAUACUCGCAGGCUCAUCACUCAGAUGCGCCUGAGCCUGGAGGAAAGUGAGGCUUCCCUGCAAAACACCAACAUUCCUCCUUCAGAGCACUACGUGGGGCCAAAUGGCUUUAAAAGUCUGGCUCAGGAGGCCACGAGAUUGGCAGACAGCCAUGUUCAGUCAGCCAGUAACAUGGAGCAACUGGCAAAGGAAACCCAGGAGUAUUCCAAAGAGCUGAUGUCACUGGUGCGCGAGGCUCUGCAGGAGGGAGGCGGAAGCGGCAGCCUGGACGGAGCCGUGGUGCAAAGGCUUGUGGGAAAAUUGCAGAAAACUAAAUCUCUGGCCCAGGAGUUGUCGAGGGAGGCCACGCAAACCGACAUGGAAGCAGAUAGGUCUUAUCAGCAUAGUCUCCACCUUCUCAAUUCCGUGUCUCAGAUUCAGGGAGUCAAUGAUCAGUCCUUGCAGGUAGAAGCGAAGAGGCUCAGACAAAAAGCUGAUUCUCUCUCAAACCGUGUGACUAAGCAUAUGGAUGAGUUCAAGCACGUGCAAAGCAAUCUGGGAAACUGGGAAGAAGAAACCCGGCAGCUCUUACAGAAUGGAAAGAAUGGGAGACAGACAUCAGAUCAGCUGCUUUCCCGUGCCAACCUUGCUAAAAGCAGAGCCCAAGAAGCACUAAGUAUGGGCAAUGCCACUUUUUAUGAAGUUGAGAACAUCUUAAAGAAUCUCAGAGAGUUUGACCUGCAGGUUGGAGAUAAAAGAGCAGAAGCUGAAGAGGCCAUGAAGAGACUCUCCUACAUCAGCCAGAAGGUUGCAGGUGCCAGUGACAAGACGAAGCAAGCAGAAGCAGCCCUGGGCAGUGCUGCUGCCGACGCCCAGAGGGCAAAGAAUGCAGCCAGGGAGGCCCUGGAGAUCUCUGGCAAGAUAGAACAGGAGAUAGGAGGUCUGAACUUGGAAGCCAAUGUGACAGCAGAUGGAGCCUUGGCCAUGGAGAAGGGACUGGCCACUCUGAAAAGUGAGAUGAGAGAAGUGGAAGGAGAGCUGUCAAGGAAGGAGCAGGAGUUUGACAUGGAUAUGGACGCAGUGCAGAUGGUAAUUGCAGAGGCCCAAAGAGUUGAAAACAGAGCCAAGAAUGCUGGAGUUACGAUCCAAGACACACUCAACACAUUGGAUGGCAUCCUACACCUAAUAGACCAGCCUGGCAGUGUGGAUGAAGAGAGGCUGAUCUUACUGGAGCAGAAGCUUUUCCGAGCCAAGACUCAGAUCAACAGCCAGCUACGGCCCUUGAUGUCAGAGCUGGAAGAGAGGGCACAUCGGCAGAAGGGCCACCUCCGUUUCCUGGAGACUAGCAUAGAUGGGAUUCUGGCUGAUGUGAAGAACCUGGAGAACAUCAGGGACAACCUGCCCCCGGGCUGCUACAAUACCCAGGCUCUUGAGCAACAGUGAAGCUGCCUUAGAGAUUUCUCAACCAAGGUUCUUGGGAUUCAGACCUCAGGGCUCAGGAGCCCGCAUGCGGGUGGGGUGGGAUGGGAAUAUUUGAAUAUGUUGAAUGCGUGUGCUCAGGCCCCAGUGAACCUGAUCCCAUCCCUGAGACCUCGGCCAGAUAAAUGUCUUUAUUG